AUGACCGUAGUUGGAAUCGUGCCAACAGGAAGUGAUGGAACGGAGAUUCUGGACGAUGAGGAGGAAUUUUUGGUUACGGUCAACACCAAGUGCACAUAUAUCUCGAGAUACUAUAGAAUUGUGUUUGUGCUCGAUUUGAGUCCAUCGGUAGUGGUGGCGGACGAUGAAUCGAACUGCUGCCUCGUGGAUCGUGUGAUUCCAUCGCUCCGGAAUUCCCUCCGGUCGUCUGUGAAACCAUUUACCAUUCCGGGAACCAGGAACGUCUUCCGGCCACAAGUAUUCAGUUCCGUCUGUCUGUUUACGCCAUUCAUGAAGUUUGAGGAGACUUUUUCACUUUUCAGUCAUUUCUCAACCCGGACAUUUCGCAACCACGACGUUCUACAACCGUUGCGAAAUGUCCUAAACCGAUUUUGGACCAUUUUUCCGGAUUUUUUCACCAAAAUGGCUCAUUUUUCUCUAUUUCAGACCCUGUGUCAAGGAGUCUUCGUCACCGAAUCGAAUGUGGACCAAGUGAUUGAAAGUGUUGAGACGAAAUUUGUGGAAAUCUACAAACACCUCUUCACAUUCUCCCGACCGAUUCUCGAGCUAUGGGGAAAACUGAAACGACGUCACAAACACAAUAAGUUUGAUUCGUUGUGCGAGAAUGAGAGUGAUGAGAGGACGAGACGAGACGCUGUCAAACAGACGUUCCAGAACCGCGACAUUUUCGAACUGGUUAUUUCGAAGUUGGAAAAUCCCGACGAACCAGCGUUGACCGAAUCCCCUGGACCUGCUGAAAAAGAAGCCGAGAGAGAUCCCAAUUGCUCAGCAUUAAAUCACGGUGACGGUGGCGACGAAGACCCGCCGGGGAUGAGUAUAAUGGAUAUGAAACGUGGCAUUUGGACGGCGACAGAGAGGAAAGAGGACACGAAACAGUUGUCGUUCGCUUCGGAUAAGAGCUACGUGGCACCGGACUGGUCGUUGAUAUUCAUGUUGAGAAUGGGACUGCUACAGAUUCAGAUGCUACCUGAGAACACGCAGAGCACUGUCUUCGUGAAAAACAACACUCAAGUCAUCCUAACGCUCCGUUUGGCAUUCCGUCCACUCGUCUUCAUCGACUACAUCAUCACAUCCGCAUGGCCAGUUAACAAGAAUGUACAUCAGGCGGUCAAUGUGGAAUUGGUUUUGGAGGGACCGUAUAAUGAGUUGAAGGACCUGCUCACCGAGAGCAACUACCUGAAUCCGGUCCGCAUGAAUCUCAUAAAGUCGGUAAUCGACGGAAUCAUCGACGCGGAUCGUCUCCUCCUUCACAUUCACUCGUUCGACACGAAAAUUGCGUAUUUCACGAUUCCGCCGGGUGUCACCAAAGAAUAUGCGCUCUUUAUGCAGGGCGACUCGUCGAGACAACUCCUGCCCCAGUUGUGCAUUGUAAAACCAGACGGCGUCAAAACCCGCGGAUUCGUGAAUUUCUGGAAGAAAAUGCUGGAAGUGGACGAUGGAAAUUGGCAAAAAUGGGUCCACACCCAGACAGAACGGUGUCUUCUGAAUCUCAUCCACGUGCCCUUCGAAAUGUUCACAACGGAGCGAAUUUUGAAUUUCGACACUCGUUACCCGCUGAACGCCGUCCUCUACUCGGUCAAAGUUCGUUCAACGUUCUGUUUGGUCGAGAAUCAGACAUAUGUCACUUUGGUCUAUGCGACGGAGAAGUCCAAGAAGCCAGCGUACUUUUUCAUUCGAAAAGUCAUUUGUCGAGGACCGGUGGCCAUUGUGAAGACAGCCUUCCUCGGUGGCGUCACCUCGAUCGAACGUCGUCGAGCGGUGGAUGCGCAACGACAGCGUUUGAUAAAUGUGACGUAUGGAACGAUUCUAAACGAGGAGGAUUUGCGAAAAGAGGCGGUGCGAUAUCGAUACGAAGCGAACGCGGCGAAACUCUAUAUGGACCCGCAGAAGAUUUACGAGAAGCGUUUCGAUCCGGCGUGUACGGUCUACGAUUCGUCUGGAGCAUCACUGGAGCAGUUUAUCAUGUUUCCGGCGAUCACGAUUCAGCCAGCCGACGAUGGAACACCGAUUUUGAAACGAAUCUCGCGUUACGAGCAGAAAAUGAUGGAUAAGAAGAACAAUAAGAAGGACUGGUAUCGGGAAGUGAUCACGAAGAACAGUAUGCCACUGGCCAAAGCCAACGAGACGUUAGCAAUCGUUUGUGAGAUGUGGAAUGAGCCUGAAGGAGGCAAUCCCGAUGAUCAGUUGGCCAACAUGAGCUCUCAACAACGCCUUCACGAGGAUCUCCGCUUCAUCUCGGUCCUCUUCACCCUGGACAUCAUCAUUCGUCACUCGGGACACUGUAACGAGUCUGAAAAUGCACCGUUGGCAACAGACGGCGUCAUUCCGUCGGCGUUGAAUCCGUCGAACACGCCGAAUCGCGUGUUUCCAUACGAGGAUCGGUGUCGAGUGACGAGUGUCUUUGAGUUGACUGGAAUGCCAAGGCGGACGCUGAAAAUGCAGGAUGAUGCGGAGAGAAAGAAGAAAUUGUAUCAGAAAUCCCGAAAACGAACAGAACGUCUGAAAUCAACGGAGCAGCUGGAAAAGGAGUACGACGCAGAGCAAGCGGCGAUCACAGACGUCCCAAAACCCCCGAUUCCCGGCACCCUUCCAAUUCGAUACAUUCGAAAAUCGACGGAUGGAGAGGAUGAGAUGCUCGCGGAGCUCGACGAACCGUUUCCCUACUUGGAUAGCUUGAAAUCGCCGCACCGGCCACUGCCUACAGUAACCGAUAUUCAUGCGGACGCCGUGUCGAAUUUUGUGACGGUUUAUAGCAAUUUGUUUAGCAUGACCAACUUGAUCUACCAUGCCCAACGUCGCUACUUCCCACUCCCACACUUUGUUCUCGGAGUCGAGUCGACGGAUCGGCCACGUUGCAAUGGUCUGCAGCUCAACGCUCUCCACUGCCAGCUCUCCGAAGUGUCCGAUCUCACUUGGAUCCUGGAUCAAACUGAGCAAUCGAUCGUCUUCGCCGACCUGUGCAAAACGAUUCCAGACGCCGAGAAACCGCCACCGUCACGUCUUCGGGUCUACGUCAAAGCCCUCACGGCGCGAAUGAUCGCCAUGAUCUUCGUGCCGGUCUCCGAAUCGUUCGAUCGUCAAUCCGAAGUGAUUCCGAUGUUCAUUGCCACGUGUCACGAGACACAGAUUGCUCAUUGCUAUGCGUUGAAUGGGUUUGAUGAGUGGGGCGUGGUCAAUCUGCCGAUGUCGGACGUGCCGGAGCGGUGGGAUUCUGGAGCCAGGUUUGGAUGGACCCCGAACAAUCGGAAUGUGUUUCCGGAUGAGGCGACGACGUUCAAGUCCUUCUGCGACCAUUUCGACAACGAACUCCUCCCCCGCAUCCGAAUGCGUGCAAUGUACGAAGCCGCCCAAGAGGAUAUUCCUCUGAACGAGGACCGCCUCAUGGACCUGUCCCAAGACGUUGACUUCAUCGAAGUCGAAGUUUCAGCAAUCCCGCUGGCUCUGAAACGUGUCUGCCGUCAUCUGGACCUUCCCGACGAGCCGAAAAUCGAUAAAUCGAGCCGGAAAAUUCCAGAAAUUGUCGUUGGCAACUUGACGAAGCCAGGAGAAGGUCUCACAGAAGGAAAAGUGGAGAAAUCGAUUAGUUUCGCGCCGGAAAUCACCAAUUUGGAACCGGAAAAUCUAUCAGAACCGGCUGAAAAUGUUCCAGAACCUUCUAUUUUGGCUGAAAAUGGUCUGGAAAAGUCUGAAAACCCACCGGAAAUUUGCUGUAAAGGAUCCAACAUUGCGUAUAUGUUUGAUAAGAUGCUGUCGAAGAAUUUCAAAAAAGUGAACGGAACACAGAACGUCUUCUAUUUGAGACCAGAAUCCCUUCUGCCCAAAGACAAAGAGAAUCAGAAGACGUCGAAUAGGAAGAAGACGCCCACGACGACGACACGACGAAAACGAUAUCCAACGCGUGGAUCGAGUGGAAUGAUGUACGUCGACGCCGCAGAAUCGAUGGCCUCGUUUUCGGAACUGGGAGAUUUUUCAGAAGAGCUGGACCUAACCCAAACAGCCGCCACCACCCCGGCACCAACGUCCAUCAAUGGUGCUUCAACAACUCCAGCCGCCGCCGAAGACCCCACCAUCCCACCAACGUCAUCCUCAUCCUCCUCAUCCGACACGUCAUCAGACGACGACGACGAACCACCCAGCCGAUCCUCUCGACGUCAAGACAUCCACGACGAUUCAGAAGCCGACGAGUCGGCGUCACGUCUUCGCGCCGAAUCCAACGUCGCCGGCGAAGUGUACGAGGAGUACACGGGCACCAAUCAACCCCUAUUCAUCCAAUUCAAUUGCUCGGUGAACUUCAACGGUCGCUUCAACUCGUUCCCCAUCUGCUUCCUUCCCACAUGUGUUCAUCAGCUCCUAGCGAUGGUCGACGAUCCACCGACGGCGCCAGAAGACAUUGCUGACGUUGAAAUUGUUCUGGAGUUGAUUGUGCUGACGACACAGAAUUUGAGACCGGCAAUCGACAUCAACGAGGUCAACUAUCGUCUAGCCAGAAUGUCUAAAUCCCGGGACACCGCAAUGUUCUACUGUAAAUCGAUCAACGACAACGCGCUCUUCCUCGAGACAAUGUCGGAAAAACGAGAGCUCGAUCCAGACUGCGCCGCGCAUAUCCCAUCGGACGAUGGCUCCGACUUCUGGAUAAUUCUUACUGUAGACUCUCAUAUCCACAGUAUCGACGUCCACUUCUGCCAACGAUACGACGGCCAACACACGGAUAUUCUCGAUGAGCUGUGGUCGGGAAUUCGUCAGGAGCUGAGAACCCUAAACCAGGAGUCCCUGUUGGAUAUGAUGUAUGUGCAACGACGAGCUGAUAAGCUGCUGAUCGCUGAAUCUCGAAAAAUCGCAGCGUUCGAGGUGGAGAAAUCGGAUAGUGGCAUUCGGACUUUGACGAAAAAGCAACAGUUGAAACAGGCGGCGGCGAAUGGCGGACUGGUUCAUGAGGACUUGUAUUACUACUUCCCCGAGCGAUAUUUUGGAUGCAAAUUGCAGAGGGAGAUAUGGCUCGAAGUACCGGAACGUGUUCGCAACCAAAGUAUGCACACCUACAAGAACCCCCUCCAAACGGCAUUCGAGAGAAUCAAGGCGCCGUUGAUACAGUACGCCGUGCACAAUCGCUCGGAUCUGUUUGUCUACAAGGACCCCGAAACGAAGCAAAUCUUCUAUUUCCACCUCCACAUGGACGCCGACUCGUAUCAGUUGGCAAUUAAAGGCGCAGAGAAGAAGCUACGGUCGAAACAUUUGGCGGCAAUUCAAAAAUCGCUAGAAACAAGUAUUUGUAUGACGAUUUUCGGGAUUCAGGAGCCUUCUGAAGACGUCGUCGGCGUGUUUUUGAAUGCGUUGCAGGAUAAAUUGGAUGGACAACUGUUGGGGGAAAUCAUGAAGGGAUACACACAGAAUAUGGAACAGGCGCUGUCGAUUAGCGAGGUGCAAUUUUUGCAACCCCAUGGACCACCGGAUAUUCGGCAAUUCUUCUCGAUUCCCUUCAUUUUUGAGAACUACCUCUCCUCGCUCCUCUUCUACAUUGGCCAACACAUCGAAGCCCUACCAAGUGUCUCCCCGGCAAAAGUCAAAGAAAAUGACAUUUUCUACAAUGGAGCAGCUUUUAAUCGGGCGCCAGUGGUCCCCGUAUGGCCAGCGAUUCGGACACGAAGUUUCCGACACCGGUUGGAACCCAUUGCUCAGCUGAAUCUCGUCCAACCAACCGUACAGUUUUCCGAGAAGGUUGAGAGGAUUGAAGCGGUGGAGGAGAAGGUGGACCAAAAAGUGGAAACACCGCCUCAAAGGAUUGCCAUUGUCCCUUUAAACGGACCCAUACCGAUCCUGCAAACCCAAGAAUCCGAAAUCGAGCAAGCGAUCGAAGCGGUGCCAGAACUCACGCCCACACCAAUCCCACCGCCGCCAGAACCCGAGACUCCGCCCCUUGACCCCGCCCACAUCUUUCGAGCCGAGACCCCGUUUGUUGGCCCAGUGCCAGCUGACUAUUUGCUCAACUCGUUUUUCGUCUAUCACAUACUACCGGCACGUGGCAUUGUGGACACUGGCAUCGCGUUGAUUGAAUUCCGGAUUUGUCGACCCGAUGGAAGUUUGAUGACGAGAUUUGAUCAGCCGGCGAUGAACGAGCAGAGUCAUACGUUGUUGGUGCCGAAUGUGCCGGAGGACAAGGCCACCGUCUAUCGUGACAUCAUCAAAUCGCACGUCUCCCAUUCUCCGAAACCCGAGAAAUCGAUUUGUGGCCACUUGGAGAUGAUCGUGUGGACGAAAGGAGACGUUGUGAACGACGUCUUCGAACGAAUGAUGUACGAGUUGAUUGAGCAGAGCAUGUUCGACGUCAUCACCGAAUUCGGAUAUCUGAACACGACGAUUGUGGAGGAGGGAGCGCUCACGGGCCACGUGGCACUGACGAAUCGGAGUUCGGACGCCUUCUUGCCGGGACAGGAGACUCCAGAACAUCAUCAUCAGCAGCAGCAACCAGUGAGACAUCUGACAAAACAAGGAUCGGCGUCGAGUGUGACGGCUUCUGUUGACACGAGACACACACAUCAUCAUCCACACCAUCAUCACACGGCGAUUCCAAGUCAUUCCGGAGAGAUGAGACGUAGUUUGGUGGUGGGUUUGUGGGGCCGAGACUUGUUACAGCACGGACCCGGCUCCCUGGACAUUCCGCUCACUCAACACUUCCCGAAUCUCCCGCCGGCACCACGAACACCGGCAUUCCGAAUGCCACAAAUCGCACGGGAACUCGAACAAGGAUUUCAUCAGCAGGAUUCUGUUUCCAGCUUCCGCCGUCAAGACUAUAUGAAUCGCAAGAACGCCUACUCGAUCAUCAAAUGGCUGGAUCAUGUGGCAUCGCGGCAGAGCGAGACGAGCAGUGUCAUCAAGCAGCGGAUACGAUUCGAAUUCCAGCAUGCCAGCCUUCCGGCACUAUUUGAAAUACGAAACAGGCUGGAGGUGUCGUUGGGUACACUUCUGGAGUCGGAAAUCAGGGAAAGAGUGUAUUUGUGUGGACUGAAGAUGCCUGGAGCUAUGCAGCACGACUCGACGAAUGAGAGUGACCUCUCCAUAUUCGGCGCCACGCCCCAUGAGGGACGCUUCGAGGUCCUGACCACUGAUCCGUUUCAUGCGAUGACCGAAGACACGGGUGUGGAUGAGUCCCAAAAUCAAGAAGAGUACAUUCUGGUCUCGUGCAUUCGGAAUGUGUUUGAUGGGUUUGGAGAGAAUGAUAUUCGAACGAAGAGUCAGGUGGAUUCGAUGCGACACCUGUUUAGGAAUCAUUUGCGUGAGUUUUGGGGCCGAACAUGCCCGAAAAAGUCUACGAGACUCGACGAGACUCAAGGAAAGCUAGACAAGGCUUACCAAGUCUCGUUAGUUCUCGUUAGGUGUUGUCGGGUCUUGAGACUUGACGAGACAUGUAGAGACUUGUGGACUCGACGAGACUCUCCAAUACUGGAAUCUCUAUUUUCAGACGGAAAAUACAGUCCACUCGUCCAGACGAACAUCUACGCGCCACGUCAACGACUGAUGAUGGCGUACCUAAAAGGCGAUUUCAUGACAGUCUACUUCUACAACUACCACUCGAACAUCCAUCGCGACGCCGUCGACACGAUGAAACGAAUCGUGGGCUUCCACAAUGCCAAGUCGCGUCUCCUCCGAGAAAUCGGCCUUCACAAAAUGGGCAUCACACAUUUGUCGCCAUUCCACACGGAACCAUUGAAUGAAUACGACUAUGAGGUGCUGAUUUGGACGGACCCGAUGUCGCUGAUCUCGAAAGAGUUCCCCAGUGAGCAUAAGCCACCGCCGGCGUUCAUGAAGGAGCCACAGUGCUCGAAUAUCUUUUUCAGGAUGUAUCGACAACCGGAUUUACAGACAACCAUGGGUCGUUCAAAAACGCUCUUCAAAUCAGAAUGUGUGAAAACGAUGCACUACGAGCAGCUGCUCCGUUGGCGGGCCGGCCUAAAAACCAAACUGGACUUCAUUCAAAAAGUCACUCGAGCCCAUAUGGAAAUGCUCAAGAGAAUUCCAGAAAUCAACGAAUGCGACCUGCUGAUGUUCCUCCGUCCUCCGAAAGUUGCCAAAAAACUGGGACCCCCGCCGACGCAUACAUCGUCGACGUCUUCGGUCCGACACCGUCACUGUCUGGAUGAUGAUCAUCAUACGGUAUCAGAGGAUAACUACUCGAUAACCGAGAGGACAUCGAAACGAGCGUCGAUUCUCGGCGAAUCGGUCAAGUCUCAAGCGAUCGCCGAGUCGGAGAUUUUCAAGGGAAAGGGAGAGUUUUUGAGAAAGACUGAGAUUAAGCUCGGUUUGGCUGCGGAAAAAUUCCACGAAAUCCGCACACCAUUCUUCCUCCGGUCGGAUUGGAAUCGAGAUGCUCCGAGAAGAGCCGGUGAGCUAUUCGAUGAAGUCGUCCGCGAAUCGGAUAUCCGAAGUCUUCUGGAAGAGCCACUGAAAGAGUUUUUGGAGAUUUCACAAGUUCAAAAAGCCAAAUCCACGAAAUUGCUUAUGAAAAAACGGAAAUAUUCGGAGAAGAGCGUCGAUGUCAUCGUUUCGAAUGUCGUUGUGAAGAACGAAAAACGACAAAUCGGAGAAGAGGAAGACGAAGAUGUCUACGAUGACGACUGGUCUGAAGUGGAUAGUGAAUUGGAGGAGAAUCCAGAAGAAACAAUGGAAGCGACGACGUCUUCUAGAAUGGAUUCUGAAUCCAGAAAUCGAAUUUCACGAGCUUCAGUCGGAGAGGAGGAUUUCCAGAGAACGUACGGAAAAGUGCGUCGCUCGUGGAAAACGAAUCCGCCCGGCUCGCCAACCCCUCUCGAUUCCCGUCACAACUCAUUCAGCUCAUCGAAUUCCACGUCACGUCCCUCGGAUCCAGGAGCCAUCGAGAAGAUGUUCAGUUCGACGAUCAACGCUGUCAGUAAGCUGACAAGACGGCUGAGUCGACGAACUGUCGAAAAAGAACCAUCAAUCGAGCGGCCCGAAGACCUGACACUAACCCCCGACUCCGCCCCCUCCCCGGAGCCAACUGACACGGAAGAGUGCUCAAUGGAGCCGGCGAUUUCGCCGAUUAUGUUUAAACACGCCGAGGAAUUUUCCAGAUACUUUUGUAGAAAAUAUGGAUUCAUUCAGUUCCAAGUGGAGAACCGGAAUCGUCGCUCGAAAUCGCUGAAUCGCUACACAACGUCGACGACGAACUUCCAGGAUCUACCGUACCUUGUCUUCUACAAGGCCCUAGAUGGCGGCGUGAUUUUCGCGGAUCUCCGCUACGAAAUUCCCGAAUUCGUCGUCUCGUUUUACAUGUACGAGCGGGCGAAAUCGUCGUCGGCCGACUAUUAUAUGGUCGAUCGAAUGGAAGCGUUGUAUUGGAAGGAGAGCGAGGAGUUGCACACCGCCGCGAAUCAGUUGAAGUUACAGGAUAGUGUCUGUUUCAUGACAUUCAAUUUCGACUAUCACCUGCGUGCGGUUUGUACGUACAUUGACGGACGAGCCGCCAAGAAGAAGUGCCUCUUCGGGACGACGAUGAACGCAUUCCACACCAUCGAACGUCUUCUAGACUUUUAUCAACACGAUCUCAUCCUGUCGAAGAAUCUCGUUGCGAUUAGUGAGUUAAUAUAG